GUUUAUUUUGAUCCACCGUCAACCAAUUGUCAACCGGGCAGAUGCUCAAAUGGGAAAUGUCGCGUUUCCUGUGAAGUGAACGAAGUGUAUUGUAUGGGUGACAAUUCCAAAUGCCCUGAGGUCCCUGUGGAUAAUUUGCGAUAUUAUCAUUUUGGACUUACUCCUGUAAAUUUUGAUGGCGUUGGAGAGGGUCUUGUGCAGGAAGUAACAUUUCCAAAGAAGCAUAACUUUACUGCGCUCAGAGUCCAGUGGAUAGGUAACCUGAGAGGACCAUAUAAUAAUGCUGGAAUGUGUGUCAGAUGGUAUUUCAAAUUCAACAACAUGGAGUGUGGUAAUCCAGAUACCAUUGAAUACCUGCACCAUGAUAACACUGCCAGGGAUUGGCACAGACCAGCAAACUUGGAUGGUAUGUGUGAGGGCAUUCCUGCUGGAGAUGUGACCAUUCAGUUUCACACUGGGAAAUGUUUUGGUUUCCCUCUAUCUAAUGGCUUCGUUGGUUGGGAAACAGAAUCUGCCCUUAUGGCCCAGGAGGUUGACACCAGAUAUAGCUCACAAUCAAGGAGCCUUGACGUCCCAAACCAAUCUCCCAAAUUCACCACCCUGUAUUUCCCAGGAUACAAUACAUCUCAUUAUGCUACAAUAGCUGUGAAUCUCCCUGACUUAACUGAGGUCACAGUUUGCUACUGGCAGAAAAUGUCCAGCUAUGCACAGACAGCUAUGGCAACUUUCUCCUAUGCCAAUAGUGCAGCAUAUAAUGCUUUUAUGAUCAUGUUGCUUCCAUCAUCUGUUCAUUUGUUUGUGUUGGACUCUCAAACUACAGUCGGAUGGAACUCACUGACUGACAAUAUGUGGCACCAGGUGUGUGGCAUGUGGCGUAGCAGUGAUGGGUACUGGGCAGUCUAUGUGGACAGUAGAGAAGCUGGAAGUGGGACUGGAUUUCAAACUGGCCAGACAAUCGCUGGAGGGGGGACAAUUAUACUGGGACAGGACCAGGACAGCAUAGGAGGCGGUUUUUCUGUGUCCCAGUCUUUCACGGGUUUCAUGACACGAAUCAAUAUCUGGGAUGUUGUUCUACAGCCUCAUGGAAUGGGCCAAUGUUACAGUAGCACCCAUGGAAAUGUCUUUGCAUUCAAUGGAUUAAGUGAUAUUCAUCUAUCCGGAAAUGUAAUCAUGGAAGCUGAUCAGGAUUUAUGCCUAGAUGCAAUGAUUCCUACUAAUGGUGGCAAUUCUGGGGGUGCUGCCUGUUACUGGCCUUAUCUAUACAAAGGUCAACCACAGUACUUGUGCCUAGUGGAUGAGGAAGGCCGGAGCAGACCUUGGUGUGGAACAACUGCUGACUACGACACUGAUGGACUCUGGGGCUACUGUACAGUUGCUGGUCAUGGGAAAGGUCCAGUCACACAAAAUAUCUAUACAUAUGGAGGGAAUGCUAAUGGAUUGCCUUGCCAAUUUCCAUUUACUUACAAUGGAGCCUCUCACUACCAGUGUAUAGCUGAUGGUAGAAAUUAUGCCCAUCCCUGGUGUUACACAGCAGGAGGACUAUGGGGAUACUGUAUAAUUUCUGAGUCAUUAUAUGCUGUCCGGACAGGAUCUGACUGUGGAGGGAAUGAUCUUCAAGGAACAAAUGGCUAUCUGACCAGUGUCCAGGACUGCAUAGAUAGAUGUAACAUGAAACCAGAGUGUAAAGCUAUAGCAUAUGCUCCUAGCAGUCACCACUGUUGGCUUAAAACUAAAUCUUGUGAAAGCCCAACUUCAAACAGUGAUAGGUGGAUGCUUGAGAAGUAUUUUCUAGAUCCAAUCAGGAAGACAUUUGGUGGGAAUUCUGAGGGCAUGGCAUGUGUUCUACCAUUCAUCUAUCAGGACACUGUGUACCAUUCUUGUAUCACUGUGAACCAUAACCAGCCAUGGUGUGCCACCACAACCAAUUAUGAUUUAGAUGGAAGAUGGGGAAAUUGUCUAGUGCUGAUGUCCUCUUAUGGCGAGUGGAAAGAGGGUGACUGUGGUGGAGGCGAUAUUGGAAAUGUACAUUAUCGUAUAGUUUCUGGAGCCGAAGAAUGUGAAAGCCAGUGUCGCCUCACAAGAAAAUGCAGGCUUGCAAUGUAUCAAGCUUACUCAAACAAAUGCUGGAGGAAAGAAUUUUCCUGUCCAGUUGGAAGUGGAUGGACAUAUGUGAAGCACUCAGAGCUAGUAAGAACUGGAAAGUAUUAUUUGCGAAGAUAUGGCUCCUGUGCUGGGGGAGACAUUUCAAAUGCAGCAGUAUCAACUUCUUACAAGAGGUGCAUUUGGACCUGUAAUGCCAUGAAAGAUUGCAAGUCCUUCUACUACGACAGAUCCAACUCCAUGUGCUAUCCAAAGAACAUCCAGUGUGCCAUCAUAGAUACCAGCUGUGACUCUGACUGCUAUGUGGACACCAAAAUAUAUGCAGGAAAAGAUUUCCAUCGAUAUGAAACCAUCUCCCCACGAACAGUCUGGGUAUGGCGUACUUUGAGCACCAGCCAGUAUGCCAUUUUGUCCAGCCACGCUGGGACUCCUGACAUGACUGAAUUCACACUCUGUUAUUGGGCAAGGACUAAUUAUCAUGAUAGCUCAGCAAAGUUAAGCCCUAUCUCAUACGCUAACUCAGAAGAAGCAAAUGCCAUAGUCAUAAUGUACAAGCAGUCAUCAGAGGGCAUUAAAGUUUUCAUCAGUGGUAGUGAUGCUUAUAUUGAUACUAUGACCAAUGAUAACAACUGGCACCAUAUCUGUCUGACCUGGAAGAGUGCAAAUGGUGAAUGGGCUCUCUACUCUGAUGGACUGCUGAUGAAAACUGCCGUGGGAUUAUCCUCUGGAAUGCGGAUAAAAGGCGGUGGAGCCUGGGUCAUGGGUCAAGGUCAGGAUUGUGUGGGUGGAUGUUUUGCCACCUCACAAGCAUAUGUUGGUUAUCUGACUGGAGUCAAUGUAUGGGAUAAAGUACUAGAUAUUGCUGCCAUGGGACAGACAUGUCAGUCUGAACUGAAAGGGAAUGUCCUAUCAUGGCAAGAAAUUCUGGACACUGCUGAGCAGCAUGAUAUUCAGUCCCGCAAGGAAGAUAUUUGUGGAGAGGCCUCUAUCCCAAGUCCCUGUGGAGCACAUUCCGUCUUCAAUGUACAGCAACACACAGUGCACAACUUAAACAAAGCAGAUAUUUCUGGAGAACUAACAUACAUUGACUAUGUGAAGCGUGAGGAAGACACUGCAGUGCGUGUGAAGUGGGAAGGCACAUUGUGGUUGCAAGGAGACACAAGUAAAAGAUGGUACAUUACAUUUUCAACAAAAGAAUGUUUUCCGACUCCUAUAGAGGGAGUAGUGGGACAGUUUGCUGGAUCUGGACUGGAAGGUGAAAGCAGGACUGGACUUGUGGAAGGUAUUUGUGAAGGUAUCCCAGCAGGCAAAAUCCGCAUCCGUCUGUUGAUUGGUGAAAGUCGCAGCAGUGUGAAUGAGGUGGAAACUGGAGAGGCAAACACAGGAUGGUUGGCUGUUUCCAGGUUUAUGGUGGAAGAAAUACGUAUGGGACAUGAUAUUGAUGCUUUUGAAGAUGCAGAUGGUGUCAUGUACCAAGUGCCUGUAUUUAAUAUCCAGCAGUUUUACUGGGAUAUACAAGCUGAUACAACUGAUAAUGGGCUUUUAAAGAAUGCAACUUAUAGGAAAAAGUCCUCGCUGAGUACCCUUCAUGUCAAGCUGAUAGGUGACUUUGACACACCUGGGGGUCUUUGUGCCAAGUUCUAUUUCAAGUUUAAUGGCCAAGAGUGUACCAACCCAGCUAGUAUUUAUAUAAGACUAUAUACAAACCCACCAACAAGCUAUCUUAGAACAUAUCCUAUUGAAGGCAUCUGUAAAGGAUUACAAUCAGGUGACAUUGUUAUCUCAUUGUAUGCUGACAACACAUGUGCAGACGUUAAUGGGAUGUCCUCAAACACAGAUAUCACCUCUGGUUCCCGAAGCAACACCCGUCUCAUUGUGGAGGAAAUGCACCUGUCUGUGGAGUAGAUUCCUGCAAAUAUCCAAUGUUUCAGAGCGGCUUAAUUGAUUUUUGACUCAAACCUUUGAACCCUGUAAAUUUUAGAACUCUGAUUCAAAAGACCUUUUACUUUACUAUCAAUUAACAGUGUGGAAGGCUAACUAUGGCUAUAAAUUAAUUAAUGAGAUUAGUUGUCAAGCAACAUUGAUGAUAUACUGUAUGUACUCUUACAUAUGGGUUUCGUUUUUCAAAAACAAACCUGGCAACCAGAAACUAGUGUCAUUUUUCCAAAAUGAUUUUGACACUGAGAAACCAGAAUCAUUUUUGCAGUGGGAGACAAGAGUGGAUGGAGGAAAGGUGUCAGGUGAUUAGUGUUUACUGUGUGUUAACAUAAUAUGGCAGAAAUUGACAAAAAACCUACUUUGUGUAUUGCCACCACAAAAACAUUAUAAAAAAAA